GCAGGUCCGGGAAGGGAAAGAGCUACGGCAACGACCCUGACGUAUGCAUCCCAUCCCAUCCCAUCCCAUGUGAAGGAAAGAGGUAAGGAAGGCAAGCACCGCACCGUCCGUCCGUCUUGUCUCGGGGCCAACGAAAGAACGACGCCAUUUGAGUGAGGGCGCCACGAAGACAACGAGAGGGUCUCCUUUGAUAGCAUCAUCAUCAUCAUCGUCUUAGUGAAUAAAUCUUGCUUUUACCCAUAUUUUACUCUAUUCUUUCCCUUCUGUUUUGUUUCCUCACGAUUGAGAGACAACACCAAAUACAUACUCGACUAAUACCUACUCGAAUCCUACCUCUAUACAGUGUCGUCACUCAGCAUUUUAUCUCACUUGUUUCGAUAUUCCCUGCGAAGAGACAGCCCAUUCGUCUCCACCAUUGAAGCGAGCACCCGGCAUCUCCAUGUUCGACAUAGAAACUGUCAAUUAAUAUCAACUACAUACAACAUUAUAACCGCUAAGAGCCUUGGAAACUCAUAAAAAGCAUUGUAACGAGGCCCUUGGCCCUGUCAAGAGCUUAUCACCACGCUGGGUCCAUCGCGACCAAUCUACUCCCUCGCAUCGUAUUCCAGUGAAGUCUCACCCUCUCGAUCUCUAGGCUCCAAUACGAAGGGCUGGGCCAGCACCCUCUGACGUCCCUAUACCGAUGCCCACCAGCACAUCCCAGCAGCCAACCAUGAUCCAGUCACAGCCGGCAGCGGCCACAGUGGCCAAUAAUUCAGGUCGGCUCAAAUAUGCAGAUCCUCGAGAUCUUCCUAGCUAUCCAUCUGCUGGUCUUCGCCCUGACGGCGCUGCUGCAAGUGCCGCUGCUUCACUUGGAUGGUCUAAUCAAAAGCCCAUCGAACUUUGGAAACCUGAUAAAACCUCAUCCGCAUCCGCUGCUGCCGCUCUAGCCAAAGAUUACAAGAUGACUCCAGCAUGGGAACCAACAUCUAACUCUGCCGGACACAAAGCCGCACUUCUAGCUGUUGGCUCGGCUAAUGCUGCCUUGAACCAAUCCCCAAGCCAGCGCAAGUCACACGAAGGAUGGGGAAAUUCUGCUGCCACUCAAGCAUUCAAUACGAAUCGAGCCAAUUCAAUGCGACAGCCUGAACCAAGAGCAUAUGAUACUUCGCUGCAGGGACAAAAGUCUCUUGCCGCAGCCAAAGGUGCUAUGUCAACAACUAGACGACGAGCUAAAUCGACGCCAUCGGCACCAGACUCUCAUGCUCCAUCACCCCCCAAGACAAACACUCGACCAGAUGCGCUCAGCGGAGCUGCACUUGCUCACAAAGCAAGCCUCAGGGCCAAGCCGGCAACAGAAAACGCCGGUGCGGUGCCAGUGACCACCAUGACUCGCAACAUGUUCACGUCCAAUCCGCCAGUCAAACCGGAGGUAGAUGAACGACAAAACAACGAGCAACUCCACGCUUCAGCGGUUGCUAUGGCCCGAAAGAUGUAUUCACAUCAACAAAAGAUUAUCGACGAAGCCAAGGAAACCCAUGGACAAGGCUCCGAUGCGCCACAGCCAAAACCCUAUGUUAAUCUCCAGGACGCUGCAUACAAACAAGCACAAGAACGACUGGCAAAACUUGAGCAAGAGCAUCAGAAGAAUAGAGACUACCAAUCUUACUAUGGGAACGAAUCGUCACCUAAACGGCGGUUCACAUUGACAUCCAAGCUGCGUCGUCGCUCUUCUAGUGACGGUGAUCUUGACGAUAGACAACAAUCCGAAAGAAUACGACAGCAAAUGUCACUCUUCUCCAACAAGCUUUCAGAGGUUGAUCAGAAGAAGCGGCAAGAUGAUCGCAACGCGCUUCUUGCUGCGGCACAACGUAAUGUCAAGGCUCGACUGCAAGGUAUGGAUGAGAAGGUUUAUCAUGAAACUGGCCAGGUCAACCCAACUCUUAUGAGUGAGUGGGAGCUCAAGGCUCAUCAGUUGGCCACUGCUAGCCACGAGACCCGGAAUGCAAACAAAGGCAAAAUCGAUAUCGGAGGUGGCAGAUUCAUGGACCCACACGAUAUAGACGCCAUCGCAGCCAAGAGAAUGCAGCCCCUUUUGGAUGAUAUCAACGAAAAAGCCGAAGUUGAGCGCGAGCGACUUGCUACACUCAAGAUGGAAGAGGAAGCAAGGAAGGCUGAGCAGGAGAAGCAAAAAGCGCGCGACCGUGAAAUUAAAGAGAUCACAAAGAAACUUAAGGACCAAGAGAAGCAAGAAUACAAGGCCAAGAAGGCGGAGGAGAAAGCGGCACGAGCUGAAGAGCGACGUCAGGCCAAGGAAGAGAAGCAACGGACCAGGGGUAACACAGCUGUCUCGGGCGAAGAAGCCAUUGAUGAUGGCGCGAGCACAAGAAGCGAAGAGGCUGUAUCACCCCCUAUUGUUGCGGCAAACGAAUCUAGUGAGCCUAGUGCCCCAGCCGCGAUCGAUACAGAAGCUGGCACAGCGGAAAGUGGCCGCAGAAAGCUCAGUGAUGCUGCAUCGCCAACUUCCAAGGUCAAGGGAUGGAUCAGGAACAGGUUUUCACGAGGCAAAUCUCUUGGAGAGAAAGAUCGUGAAAGCCAAGGUGACAAGAGAAGCAGUUUCAUUGGCGGAGCCGCUCUCCGGGAUACAGAUGCAAACGAAAGUUCAACAAGUCUGGACAACCGGGCUACGAGCAUGCGAGAUGUUGCCCUUGCCGGUCGCAGCGCAAACGCUGAGUCAAGCGACCACGACCGGGAUGUGCUACAUGAUUCGCGCGGCAUCAGCCCUGUGAGCAGUCUAAGUGAAGACGAGGCUGUUCCAGCUAUUACUCCUCCACCAGCAAUCAAAGACCCUGCUGAAAGGAAGAGCCAAAGUCCUUCACGGGAUUCGAGAUUUAGAGAAAUGAUGGAUAACUAGCCAGUAUUGUUGCAGGACAGGAGUUUGGAAAAAUUCAUGGAGGGAGGUAAAAUGAUGGGAUUGGUUUGGAUUAUGCCCGGCGCAAAAAUGGAUUGCUGUGUAUCUGUAAAGCGUCAUCGGGUUUCAACAGCCGGAUUAUAGCAAUUGGGGUGGUUGGACUAGUGGAUGAACUUAAUUAAUGCUUUUGUUUGAGGUAUGACGCAUUACACACGUGUACGGAACUCUCGGACGAAAAUGACGAUCAUGACAUGGUCCCAGAUAUAAUCAUGAGACAAGGCAGGAUACUGGUUGGCAAUAUACAGUAAUGUACCACACAAAGUACGAAGAAUGACGAACCAUAUUAAAUUCUGGAUUAUUGCGUUUAUAGUUUAAUUCAUUUCUAAUCAAUAUACAUAAGGCAGUUCCCUUGAAAUCUAUCUAUCAGAUAGUUCAUGUACAAAAAACGCGAAGCCAUGUAAUACAAUCCUGUAAACGCGCCAAUUCUCGCUCGAUCCAAACGCCAUGCAAAGAAAGAAAGGGGGAAUCAUUCCGGCAUUAGUCCAUAGAACACAAAGUUUCGCGUAUGUUGAGUAUUACAAGCCUUAAGUGUAGUUUUGUUGUGAUGUGAUGGGUCAAGCAUAUGUGUGAUAUUUGCGACCUGUCUAGAAGUCUCUAGGAGGCACACGAUUACCGUUCUGCGCCAUCUCGACAUCUUGGCGACCGUUUGCGGGAGCAUCCAAGUUACUGCGCGACCCGUUACUGGGGCUCCUCGAAUCAGAGAGGGCAGAAGGCAUGUAGGCGGACUUUUGAUACCUUGCGUCAGGGCUCUUUGUGCGAACGGCAGGAUAGAGGUCGAUGACGAAGGAGAUGGCAUAGAAUGUGAAGAUGAAGGAGAUGGCCCAUUCGAGGACCGCGGCGGCGUUUCGCUUCUUGACGAGGCUGCACACGCCAAAGGCGAUGAUGAGGGCGACCUCUACGAGGAUGAAGGUGUUGAUGUAGGCAUGGGUUGAAGAUGUAGAGAGAGACCCACUGAUUCCAAG